CGUCACAUCCGGUCCCUGCUCAAAGCGUCCCUCCAUAUCAACCCCGCGCUUCCGGUAAUGCCUCCUUUUCGGCAGCGGCUAUUUCCUCGCCAACAUGCCACUCGCAAAAGACUUGUUGCACCCAUCCCCUGAGGAGGAGAAGAGGAGGCACAAGAAGAAGCGUCUUGUUCAGAGCCCUAACUCUUAUUUUAUGGAUGUUAAAUGCCCAGGAUGCUACAAGAUCACAACGGUGUUCAGCCAUGCUCAGACAGUCGUGCUUUGUGUGGGCUGCUCCACCGUCCUGUGUCAGCCAACUGGAGGCAAAGCCCGUCUUACAGAGGGGUGCUCAUUCAGGAGGAAGCAGCACUAGUUUCCCUCCCCCAGUGGCCGAGAGAGGGGGAUGGACCGGUGGAUAUCAGCAAAAGCAUCAGGAGACAGAUCUGAAGACUGUAUGAAUUGUAACAGUUUAUGCAAAAUGUCAGCUGUAAUUCCACCCUCCGACCCUUUCUCUCUAAUAAAAUGUUGUUUUCGCUAAAUAA